UUGAAGUGAAGAUCGGCCCGGCCCGAUCGGCAAACCGUGGUCUUGCAUCCGAGUUUCCUCCUUAGAUCGACGCUCGCUUCUAUUUUGUUCGUUUGAUUCAUUUGUUUUGAUUUAUUCUCCGAUCUGUAGACCGGGCUAGAGUUCACCGCUCGAAUUGAUUAAAAACAAAACACGUUCGGAAAGCGCGACUCUUGGAAAAUAGGUAAAAAAGGAAUAACGAUAUAUAUAUACGUUAUAUAUAUAUAUAUAUAUAAAAACACCCAACGUAGCGGUAUCGGUGAUUCGUGGAUAUAAGCAAACCCGAUAAAUAAACAAGAAUGAAUAGCUAUCUGAGCUCCAUCUCCAACGACGACAACUGUACCAGCGUUUUAACGAGUUUUCUAUUCGUACGAAAUCCAGCAAAUUUAUCGAAAACUUUAAACGCUGACGAUCGUGACAAGUGUUUGGAUAUUUCAACGGGAAUGAGAAAACCCUGGAGCAACAGCAUCUGCUGAGGCUCAACAAUCAGUGAUACUUGUUCAAAUAAAGGGAAUUUAUUUAAACGGGAAUAAAAAGAAUGAACUUUUAUGAGAUUAUAGACUCUACGUUGUGCGUUUAGUGAUCGCCAACUAUCAAAGUUUCGUUCGAUAGUGUUCCUUCCCAUUUUGCACUCGGCAAAGAUUUACUAGGCUGCAUCUUCGCAUCGAAAAUUUUGAACGCUGUCUAAACGAAGUUUAAUAACAACCUGCGAGUGAUAAAAAAAAUUUCGUCUAGUGCGUGGUUUUGAAGUUUAUUGGAUUAUCACACAUUACUUCAAGGUACGUCAGUGAGCAAAAGAUCGAAAAGAUGCCUGUACCGGUUUGGGAUUAUUCGGACAUGCAGAUGGACUCGGUCUUGUCGGACGACAUAUGGAAAAAGUUCGACCUUGACGAGCCGCUGGACGAGCAGCACAUCUACGCUCAUCAGAAUGCGGCUAGUUUGACGAGUGCGAUGGGUUACUCGAACGGAGCGAGUGACAAGAGCAUGAUGAUGAUGAUGGGCAGCAUGAACGGUCACGACAACGGUGUGAACAACCCUGAGCUCGAUUACGAGGAAAGUACGAACAACCAGGCGGUCAGUUUGUCCGACUUCUACGACAAAAUAUCCUGCCGGGAGUCUCGAGAGAUACGCCACCACGAUUGCAUGUGGGCAGGUCUGUGCAUAAGCAAAGAGCACAACAGAACGUUACCGGCCAAGAAAGAGGCGAUAGUCAACAGCAAAAAAGUCCCGGCGGGACGGAGCUUGCUAAUAUCUUCGAGAACUGCGAGCCUCAACUCCGCCAGCCAACAGACCUCGGCUCACCAUCAGCGGACGCAGAGCUCCGGACAGUCGCAAACUUUGUACCAGCAGCAACAACAGCAGAGAAGAAACAAAGACGGCCUGGAGAGCGACGGGGACUCGGCAAGACCGGAAACUCCUCAAAGCUCCGAGUCCGAGUCCGAGGACGAGGAAGACGAGGACGAGGAGGAAGACGAGCUCGAUGAGGAGCACGUCGGGAGAACCGCAUCGAGAAAUACAACCACCGGGCAUGUUCGAAUCAAACAAGAGAUCGAGGACGUUCCCCUCAUCUUCAAACACGAUCAGAUCAGCAUCAACGACAAAUUGUCCGAGUGCAUGACCGACGACACCUCUCACGUCGUCAGAUCCGCACCCGUCAGCGAAGUCACGGGUCAAAUCGUGAAAAAAUCUCAGCACCAUCACCACCCGCAUUACCACCGUCACAACUACCCCCACCAUCAUCAUACGCACCAUCAGACCAAUGUCAAAGUGAAAAUCGAGCCCGAUACCGAAUCCGAGCACUGGCCCUGCGAGUCCAACGAUCAGCAACAACGCGUCGUCAAAAAUGAACCCGACAACUGGAACACCCUCAAUGACCAUUGCUAUCAUCAGCCCAGCAGCAAAAAACUCGAACAUCUCGGCGUCCAAACCCCAUCGGAUUCCGAGGAGGAAAUCGACGUGGUGACGUUCGAGAAGCCAUGCAGACCCGCGGCGUUGCCAACGUAUCCCAGCAUAGCGGAUCAACAACAUUUUCAAUUGACGGUAAAGAGCGCCCUGAAGGAGAAACCCGUGACGGCGCCACGGCCCCGUGGUCGGCCACCCUCGAAUGGUACUCCGCGAAAACGUAGCGCACCGAACGACUCGAGACCGACGAAACGCGCGAAGCAUCGACCCUAUCAGAGCCGUUCGAAAGUAACGAAAAACAAUGCUCCACCGACGCCAGUCACGUCACCGUUGAAAUCGUCAUCGCCGAUUGGAACACUGCAAACGAGCGCGGGGGCGAGCGCGCCAGGAACGUCGAGGAGCUCGUCGUCGGACGACGAGCCAGACACGGAAAAACGAAGUUUGCACAACAAUAUGGAACGCCAGAGGCGAAUAGAGCUGAGGAAUGCCUUCGAGGAUUUGCGUUUGCUCGUACCGGAAAUCGAGGACAAAGAGAAGGCCCCGAAAGUCGCAAUUUUAAGGCAGGCGGCUAUUUACUGUGAUAAAUUGACGGAAAUCGAUCGAGCCACGAGCGCUAAAGUCAUCGAAAUGAAAAGACGACAAGAGAGGCUCCGAGCGAGGCUCAGUCAACUCAGAAGAAGUUUAGCCAUGACUCGUUGAGAGUCUUUUCCUCCCCCCGAUCCUUGAAAAAACAAAAGGACCCGUUAAGAACAGACUCUUUCCAAUGAUCCCCCAAAACUGCCCUGGCUUGAUUUCAGGGCGAAGGAAAAAGCUCGUGUGAAAAUUCAAAAUCCCUCGUUUCGAGUGUGUUACAUCUGUUUUUCCGCCUCUCGAAUACGGAGAGUGAGAAAAAGGAACGAGGAGAAAAAAUAAACAUUUUCGUUUAGCCAUCGCGAUUAAUUGAAAAGUUUUUAUUUCGAUUGCGCAUUUCUUCGUAUUUUCUUUCAUCCGAAAUUUCGCUAUUUUUUUAUGCGAUUGGAAAUUUUUCUUAUGUUUUCUUUCCAAUCACACCCGUGAAGAAAAAGCCCGACAAAGUACGAAAAAAGGGCACGGUUUUCAGUGAAAAAUAACGCACGCGAGGGACGCGAUGAGCUGCCUGUAUUAUUUGGCUAAUCUCGCGAUCUAUCUUCGAGAAAAGUGGAAGGAAAUAAGACAAAAGAAAUGAAGAAACUACGUGAGAAAACGAGGAAAUUCCACGAGUCUCCGGACAGACCGGUUUGUCGCGAUUGUUCGUUUCAGCGUUAACGUCAAACGGUCGCACACUUGCAUACGAACCACACAUCGACCCACCCAUAAAUAUACAUAUAUAUAUAUAUAUUUUACGCGCUAAUGUACAUAGAUGAAAGAGGAAGAAAAAAUUCACACUUAUGUAAAGCUCCGAUACUCGCUUGUUUUUAAAAGAAAAUGGGGAAAAAAAUAAGAGAAUACGAAAAGAAACAAACAUUUUUUUCAUGCUGUAUAGACGCAGAAACGUGGGGCGAUUUACUAUUACUAUUAUUAUUAUUUUUUUCUUUUACGAUCGAUCGUUUGUAGUGCGGAAGGUAGUGGGAAAGAGCGGAAAUGAAGAUGGAGGCAGAGAGAGAGAGAGAGAGAGAGAGAAAAAAAUUGUUGAUUCGUGAUUUUUCAUAAUGAGAAGCAAAUAUUGCUUAUUAUCAAUGAGAAGAGGAAAACGAGGAGGAAGGGAAGGAAGAAAAAACAAGAAAAUCUUGUGCUUCAGGAUUAUUCAUCGCUUUAAAAAUAAUAACGAUAAUGAUAAUAAUAAUAUUGAUAAUGAUGAUAAUGUACGAUAGAUAACGAAUGUGUAAUCAUCGAGAUAGGGCUUUCUUAAGGACCGGAAAAAAAGUUUAUUCGAGGUAAUAUUAUUACGAUGCUUUACCUAGGCUAAGCUAUGAAUCGAUUGCUUCACAUUUUUUUCUUCAAUUUCAUCAUCACUUUCGGGAAAAACCCAAAAACAAAAGAGUAAGCGAAAAUAAUACGGAAGAAUUGGAUCGUUUCAAAUUUUUCGAGAAAAUCACCUUUUGUACUCGUCUCCGUGACGAAUAUUCAAAGGAGAAUAUUGAUUGCUUCGAACUCGGUUGUCCGUGGAAAUUUCGAGGGGGAAAAAAAAUACGUUUCCACGAUAGAAAUGAUUGGUAGAGGGAAAAUAGUAAUGGGAAUAAUAAAAGAAAAAGUAAAGCCGUUAACCAAGUCACCGUGAGUCGCCUAUAUAUUUUUUCUACACGACGAAGAUCGUUGCUUGGCACGAAUUCACAAACUAUAGCCUAUUUAAUAAACAAAUAAGUUUAUAAUGAUACACGUAUAAUACACACACACACACACACACACACACACACACACACACACACACACACACACACACACACACACACACACACACACACACACACACACACACACACACACACACACACUCACACACACACACACACACACGCGCGCGCGCGCGCGCGCGCGCGCGCGAAUAUAAAUGUAGAAAUAUAUUUUCUACGAAGAAUGAAAGAAACGUAGUUAGGAAAUAGUGAAACGAUGGGAAGAUGAGAAAAUAAUCGACCUAAAAUAAUGACAGAAGACUUUUUCAACCUCGGACAACCCCGUUUCGUCAAUUCAAAUCUGCCAACCUUCCAUCUUUUUCAUUUUCAAUGAAUUUUCAAUUUUUCCACUUUUCAUAAAAAAUAAACAAAAACAAAAAUAAAUAAACAAACAAACAAACAUAAACCAAACUCACAAAUUCUUCUUCGACCUAACUAACUUCCACGUGAUAGGAUUUAGAGUUAGAAUUAAAACAGAAGUGAAAACGGUUAGGAAUGAGGAGAGCUAAAAAAUUCGCUGUGCGAAUAUCCUAUAUCGACGAAAGAAUUUUCCAUUUUCUUUAUUUACCCUCACACCCGAAACUCGACGCGCCUCGUACUCCCGAAGAAAAAUUUCUCGUUUUAGGAAAUGAGAUGAGCCCCACGGGGCGUAGACUAAAUACAAUACAAAAAUAAACAAUUAAAAAAAAUAAAAUAAAAUAAACAUGCCACGAUACUCGCUAUUGAAACAAAAGAGAAAACAGUUUUGCCAUUGUUCGUUCGUUUUUUCCACGUUUCGAAUUUUUUGUCAUUAUUAUUAUUAAUAAUAUUAUUAUUACUAUUAUUUUUUAUUAUAAUUUCUAUCAUAUUAUGAUAAUUACAACGAUAGUUUUUACGCUUCGUUUAGUUCUUUGUUCCAUAAAAAACAAAAUAACAAAUCGAACGAAAGAAUCGUCUCGAUUACACGCGAAUGAACGGAUUACAAGUUUUUUUUUUUUUCUUUUUUCUCCUUUCGGUUUAUCGUUGCGUGGCAAACCGGAAGGGGAUUGCCCCUCACGAGGAAGGAGAAGAAGAGAUUCUUCGCGAGAGCAAGUGCGAGUGCAUGAAACAACCAAAGGGAAGAAAUGAGUCCGAGGGCAAUAAGAUAUUGUGAAAAAGUAAACGGGGAAGAAGAGUCGGUAAAGUGAAGGAAUAAGCAUGAAUAUUACCGGAAGUCAUUGUAAUAUCUCGGUUGAAGACCCUGAAAGUGCACUUGCCUCGCACGAAUCCUUCCGAUCUUUCCUGCCACUUGGUGAUUAAUGUUCAUUUCUCUGUCCAAAUGACACAUUUUUAACGCGUAUACAUAGUGUAUAUAAAACAAAAACAAAAAGUUUUUAUACUUACAUUAUACAUAUAUACAUUUAUAUAUGUAUAUGUGCAUGUAAAAAUUAUAUAUCUAAGUUUAUACAAUAAGUAUAUAUAUAUAUAU